AUGGGUUCAGCCAAGGCGCGAAUACUAGAUCUUAGGGGUCAUGAACGCGCCAAGAUAUCUAUGAUCUGCAUCUCCUUGUUCUUCUUCGCGUCACUCUACGUCUUUCGACCCUCUUUCAACCAUGUCAACCUGCAUCGACGUCCCUUGCACGCAGAGCAAUUGCUGCAGACGUGUGCAGACAUAAAGCUCAUUCCGGGACCUCCAAGUGACUUCUCUAAACGGACAGAAUCUGACCGCUGGGUGCCUGGAACACGAGCAACACUUAUCGUCAAUGCGACUGUUUGGGUCGGUCGUAGUGAAGGAACAUACGAGGGUCUGAUUGUCAAAGUCGGCCAUGUGGUCGCGGGUGAUCUUCCUAAGAAAUAUGACGUGAUCAAUGCAAACGGAUCAUGGGUGACGCCAGGAAUAUUCGAUAUGCAUAGUCACAUUGGUGUCUACUCGUCCCCCGAGCUACGUGGUGCACAAGAUGGAAACUCUUUGGUCGGACCAAUCAAUCCUUGGUUACGAUCCCUCGACGGCCUGAACACGCACGACGACUCUUACCGCCUUUCCAUCGCAGGCGGAGUGACUACAUCCCUUAUCCUUCCCGGCUCUGCAGAUGCUAUUGGUGGCCAGGCGUAUGUUAUCAAAUUACGUUCAACUGCUGAGCGCUCGCCUUCAUCAAUGCUCCUAGAGCCACCCUUUACGAUGAAUUCGUCUGCCUCAGACCCGCUCCUCCCGCACCGUUGGAGGCAUAUGAAACAUGCAUGCGGUGAGAACCCGUCACGAGUCUAUGGGUACUCUCGCAUGGAUACACAGUGGAGCUUUCGACAGGCGUAUAAUGAGGCUCGCAAGAUCAAGAAGAAGCAAGACGAAUACUGCGAAAAGAUUGAAGCUGGCUUGUGGAAUGAUGUGCCUAAUGAUUUUCCUUAUAGCCUCCAAUGGGAAGCACUUGUGGACGUUUUACGCGGAAAGGUCAAGGUCAACAACCAUUGUUAUGAGGCAGUGGACUUUGAUCAGCAAAUCAGGUUGACAAAUGAAUUCAAAUUCUCCAUCGUUGCUUUCCAUCACGCCCAUGAGGCUUACCUGGUUCCCGACUUACUCAAGAAGAUGUACGGAAAGCCGCCCGCAAUCGCCCUAUUUGCGACUAACGGAAGAUACAAACGAGAAGCCUACCGAGGCUCAGAAUUCGCACCGCGUAUCCUGUCGGAUGCUGGCUUUCAAGUGGUCAUGAAGAGUGAUCAUCCCGUACUGGACAGCCGAUUCUUGCUCUACGAAGCUCAGCAAGCGCAUUACUAUGGUUUAGAUCACGACCUCGCUCUUGCCUCUGUCACAACCACUCCAGCCGAACUACAAGGCUUUGGUCAUCGUUUAGGAUAUGUCAAAGCCGGAUAUGAUGCUGAUAUCGUCAUUUGGGACUCACAUCCACUUGCACUUGGUGCGACACCAAAGCAAGUGUUCAUCGACGGAAUUCCGCAACUAGAGAAGCCAUAUACUACCGAGAAGCCUAGCGGUUUUCAAGUCGAGCCGAAAGUUCCCAAUUUUGACAAAGAGGCCGAGGCAGCGCUCGAAUACGAUGGCCUUCCGCCUCUACUUCCCUCAAAGGAGACCAAAUCUCUCGCAUUCCUGAACGUUCGCAAGAUCUAUGAGAAAGACACCGCCAUUCGGUCGCAGUUCGUUACUGAGAACGGACAGCUGGGAACGGUGGUGGUAGUCGAUGGCCAUAUCGUUUGCAAAGGCUUGGAAACGCAAUGCGGGCAGUUCAUGGAUGAUCCGAAAAUAGAGAAAAUAGACCUCGAAGACGGAGUGCUGGCACCCGGAAUGCUUACUUUUGGUGCACCGAUUGGUCUCGUAGAAAUCGACCAGGAAGCAUCAACCAAGGAUGGCGUGGGCUUUGCGCCAUUGAAACAACCCGUUCCUUCCAUUCUUGGGUCUGGAUUCCUCCCCAAAGCUGUGGAUGGCCUUCAAUUCCGGGGCAGAGAUACCCUUCUGGCGUUUAGAAAUGGAGUAACCAAGGCGGUCGUAGCUCCAGUCCACUCUGGAUUUCUUGGCGGUCUAAGCGUCGCUUUCAGCACUGGAAGUGUCAGCAGGCUCGCAAAGGGCGCUAUUGUCAAGGAUAUUGCGGCGCUUCACGUCACUAUUGUCGACUCGAGCAAACAGCCCAGCGUAUCAACUCAGAUCGGCUUACUGCGAGACCUUCUUUCAGGUAACGGAGAGGGUCCCAUAGGUGACUACUUCUCCAAAGCUGCGGAGGGGAAGAUACGGCUCGUGGCACAUACCCAAAACUCAGAUGUUAUCGCUACGCUAUUGGAUCUUAUCGACGAGCUCGCUCAAUCUGUUGACGCGAAAAUCAAGCUCACUAUUGCAGGAGGAGCAGAAGCACAUCACCUAGCAGAGGAACUGGGUCAAGCAGGGGUCGGGGUCAUUCUGACUAGACCACGACCUUUCCCAACAAAUUGGCCAGGCAAGGACAUUUUGCCUGGCCUACCGCUUUCCAGCGAGGGACAAGUCACACGUCUGCUCGCUCACAACGUUACCGUUGGGCUUGGUAUCGAGGAAAGCUGGCAGGCACGCAAUUUAUGGUUUGACGCCGCGUGGGCUGCUAUUGAGGCGGGCGGAAACUUGGACAAGGAGACUGCAUUAGGCCUCGUGUCCACCAAUCUUGAAACGCUUCUAGGUGUCGAUGUUCAGACACAGCCGGAUCUAGUUGCAUGGAAAGGUGGAGAUGUCUUUGAUCUCAGCAGCAAAGUCGUCGCCAUUGUGUCAGGAGCCAAAGGUCUGGUGGACAUUCUGUAG